AUGGCCUCCACAACAGGCAACUCGGGCUGGGCCCAACUGCGCCAGCAGGCUCGAAAUCUAGAAAGUCAAACCGAAACCCUAUUCCAGACCUACUCUCAAUUUUCGCAAGCGGCAAACAUACCAGCGAAGCCGACCGACGAAGAACGCAACACUGAAGCAAAGUUAGAGGAGCUCUUGGAAAAGCGCGAGGCUGUAAUUGGAAAGCUCUCCCGGCUUUUGGACUCCGAAACAACACUUACCUCAUCCGCCCUCAAACAAAACAACCUCUCUCUCCUCCGGGACAAGCUAACCGAGCAUCGUCGAGAUCUCGGGCGUCUGCGUAGCUCCCUCCAAACGGCGCGCGACCGCGCGAACCUCCUCUCCAACAUCCACAACGACAUUGACGAAUUCCGAGCGAGCAACCCGGCCGCGGCCGAGGCGGAAUAUAUGCUUGCCGAGCGCAACCGCAUCGACAACAGCCACUCGAUGGCCGACAGCGUGCUGAGCCAGGCCUAUGCCGUCAACGAGAAUUUCAUGGUGCAGAGAGAGACGCUGAAUAAUAUUAAUAGGAGAAUCACGAUGGCGGCUGGCAAGGUCCCCGGGUUAAAUGCGCUGAUUGGCAAGAUCUCUGCGAAGAAGCGGAGGGACGGUAUCAUCAUGGGGGUUUUCAUUGCUUUUUGCUUUGUGACCUUUUGGUGGUUCGUAUAA